AAGAUAUUAUCUUUGACCAUGGUGAACUUUACUCAACUUACUAGUGACAUGUUAGUUCUCCUGUGGAUUGUGGAAUACUUCACAGCUGUUAUUAUUUUCGUGCAGUGCUAAACUAAAGUGUACAAAAGCGAAUGUUUUCGGCGAGAACGCAACAAGGUCGCUGAACGUUAGUGUUACUUGUUCCAAAUCCAAAUGUAAAAUGACGUCUGUAGAUUCGGGAGUAGAGACUGGAAAUGAUUCCAAUGACAGUUUAGUCGCCCAACAUGAAAAUAUUCCCGCAGGCCAAGCAAGCGGCAGUACUUCGACCUUCAUGUCAACAUCAGGAAGUCAAAUGGAAGGCGAGGAAAACGAAAAUGAUACGAUUUCGAUUAAAGUUCCCGUAAGCAAGCCACUGCUUCUGCCUAUUGCAUCGAUUUGUCCCGGCCUCGAAAACUGCAACACUUCCACGAACAGUGGCCCACAUAAUUUUGGAGCUGGGACCUCUGGUCCUUUGGCCUUGUGUCCGAGUUCUGUUCAGGUCCUGCAGUUUCGCAUUCCUCCAAUGUACUCAAAUGGGCAAUUUUUGUCAACCAUGGAAAUUCUAAAAUCAAUCUGCAAGAGAUAUCCAUUUUCAGACAGCGAGACUAGUUCACGUCAAGGGACUUGUUUUAAGCCAAAAAUGAAGUGUAACCAUAUAGUUCGAAGACCGCAGCGUUGCAUUACGUGGAAAGAAUUCCAAGGGCCACUCAACGAACGCAAAAUGCGUCUUGCUGCUGCUACGAACAAUAUAGAGAUGAUGCGACGUCUUUUAAACAGUGGAGUCUCUCCCAACAACAAAGACGAACAAGGAAGAUCUCCUUUGCAUUUGGCAUCCUGCAGGGGAUACGCUGAAAUGGUUCGACUGCUGUUGGAACACGGUGCAGAUCCUAACCAGCGAGACUGCAUAGGCAACACCCCGUUGCAUUUAGCAGCAGUUACGAGUAAAAUAUCAGUAGUAACUCUCCUUUUAAUGGCAGGAACAGACGUACUUUCUUCCGAUCAACACGGUCACAAUCCUUUGCAAAUCGCUCAAACGAAGCUGAGACUCUUGCAGAAUUACAUAGGGUCCGACAUGAUUAAAGUUAAGGAAGAGGUGCACAAUAUAGUCGCCAUGCUCUUGGCUUAUCUCGAGAAACAGAAAAAUGUACAAGAACAGGUCGAAAGUCUGAGCUCCUUUUGUUCUCGCCUUUCUCUUUCGAACACGUCCGACCAAAUUCAGGACGAUGUGAGAGACUUAUUGGCGAACUUAGACUCUCUGAGCUUGACGAGCUAAUUGAUUCGAUCUCAUCUAAUAUCAUUCACUCAUCGUUUCUUUUUACUAAAAGAAGAGUUCAAAAUUUGGACAUAAAAGAGUCUCCUCUCUCUCUUCCCUUUUUAUUCGUCUCUUUUUUUUAUUAAAUACAAUUUUUCAGAUUCAUUCUUAAGUUUUGAACUCUUAAAAUCAUGCUUCAUAGCCAGUAUGAAUAACUUUGUACUUUGUGUAAAAUACUCGCAAGCUCGAUGAAAUCUACGUGCGUGUGUGUAGAAAAUUUAAGCGAUAUACUGUAAGCGGUCGAAGUGUAUGAAUAUGUUUAUGAACAUGUGUUGUUUCAUAAACAAUACUUUCGUUUAUAAACAAGUGUAAGUUUAAGGUUUGGUGCCGAGCAUUUUUUUUUUAAGAGUCUGCAAGUCUGGAUUCACAUGCGAUAUGCAUACGAGAGAAAAAAUGAAAAGAAAAUUAAUAAAAAGAGUUGAAAUAAGUUUAAUUUUUGCAGUAAACUUGUGUGGCGCAAUUUUUACGGUUAUAUUAUGUUUUUCUAUCUGAUAUCUAACCUAAUUUUAAUACGCGUAGAAGAGAUUGCCUGUCAUGUUCUCGAAUCGUACUAUUGUGUAAAUACUUGAUGUAAUCACUUUACGUCUUUUGUACAUAGUGAUCCCAUGUUUAUAAUUAUAGAGUAUAGAAGCAAUGCAAUGAUUCGUGAAUAAAACUUUUAAACAUAUACAUAUAGGAAAGACAUUAAUUGCCUUGCUUUAUUCGAUAUCCAAUAAAUUGUUUUUAUUUUAAUGCUUUAAUUUCAAGUUAAUGAAACUGUAUUCUAUCAAUCU